CGCGUGGGUCGAACAAAAAAUACAAAUGUAAAUAAAUACCGGCAAAAUUAUACGGAAUUAAUCAUUCCCGUGGCAAAAGCACAAAAUGAGCAAUCUCGGCGGUGCGGCUUGUUUUUUGUGCCUAAUAAAUUUAUGUUUCGGCGCUUUUACGAAAUGCAAGAUGGAGGACGACCAGUGCCUCGCCAAGGCGAUCGAAGACGGCAUCAAGCAACUACAACCCGGGAUGCCCGAAUUCGAAUUGCCCCCGCUGGAUCCUUUAAAAAUAGAUAAAUUGGUGCUGGGGAGGGGCACGGGGGCGGUGCAUCUCGUCCAAAACUACAGGAACAUCGAGUUGCUAGGAAUGACGCAGCUGACGGUGCCCAAAGCGCAUUUCGAUGCAGAGAAAAAGAUCCUCACAUUUACUACCGUGCACCCCAAUAUAACGCAGAAAGCCGAGUACUCCGCUGACGGCCAGAUUUUGGUGUUGCAGGUGUACGGUCACGGACGGUCGACGAUAACGUUCAGUAACUGCCGAUUAGACGUCCAGGUGCGUUUCAAAACGGUAAAGAAAAACGAUGAGACUUUUUACAAGAUAAGCGACUUCAGGACCCACCUGAUCGAAUUGGAUAACCUCGCGCUCAACUUCGAGAAUUUGUUCGACGGUAACAAACUCCUCGGGGACAACCUGAAUAAGGUCAUCAACGAGGAAUGGAGGGUGCUGUUCGAAGAUGUCGUGGACGAAGUCGAUAAGCAGUAUUCCGCCGUUGAAUUGAAAUACGCGCAAAAAUUGUUCGACCGAUUGCCAGUAAAAUAUAUUUUUGCCGAUUAAACCGCUUCGAGUGUAAAACGGUGACGCUCGGUUUUAUGACAAUAAAAAAAAUGACACAAAUUAAA